AUGAUCGGGAAAGCAGUUAGGAAUAGUCGGAUAUCUCCACUCUUAGUCGCUAGGAACAAUAUAGAGUUAUCACACUUACAAUUUGCUGAUGACACUAUAUUGUUUUGUCCACCGAAGGAGGAAACACUGAGAAACUAUAAGAGGCUUCUAAGGUGUUUUGAAAUGAUGUCUGCCUUGAACAUUAACUUUGAGAAGUCUAAUUUGAUACCAGUGAACUGCAGCUCGGAGUGGGUGAAUCGGAUGUGCCAGCUACUAGGUUGUCAAGAGACAGCUCUACCGGUGAGAUACCUUGGCAUAAGCCUAGGAGCAAAUCCGCGGUUGGUAAAAACUUGGAAGCCGGUCCUAGAUAAGGUGGAAGAGAAACUCAGCUUGUGGAAAGCAAAGAUCCUUAGUAAGGCUAGUAAGCUGGUACUUAUUAAGUCGGUAAUUAACAGCCUACCUAUUUAUUACCUGAGUUUGUACAAUAUGCCUAAUGCGGUUGCACGAAGAAUAAUAUCCUUGCAGGGGAGGUUCUUUUAG